GGAGCAGCGCGGCGGCCUGGAUUCCACGCCGGGAUGGGAGCGUCUCCUCCCGGGGAGCGAAGCGCGUGAGGCGGCGGAAGCGGGCCGGCGGGUGUGGAGCCGUCGUCGGGACAAAUAAAUAAGAUAUGAACGCGUCUCUGAACGCAGCCUGGCAGCAGUGCGGAGGAGCGAAGCACGCAGGGAAGGGGAAGCCGUUAUUCGGCGACAGGGACGCGCUUUUCGCUCGGAGCUCCGGCGGUGAUCCCCCGACAGGCGGCGGCUCCGCGGCCGCGCUCCGGAGCCGAGGACCCCGCUUGGGACGCCGAGCAGACGUCGGUGGAGAGCGGGCCGUGUUGAGCUGCGUCGUCCAUGAUUAAGCGACUUGUUCGGGUUGUUUUUUUUUUUCAGAGUAGACGCUCCUCUGAAACCGUCACGUCCGAGGUGUCCAACCUUCCUUGACCCCUCUCCUCCCCGUGGAUUGGAGGAUUGCCCCGUCAUCACCCUCUCCUUCCCGGACACACAGGCACGCGGGUUCUGGAUCGGACUUCGUCCUCCCUUCCUUGCUUUUCUCCACCCACCUCCCAUCUCCCGCCUGUGCAUCAUGACAACCUGGAUUUACAAAAUACUGUGACCCAGCGUGAGAUUUUGCGGCGGUUUUGACAUUCAUGUCUUGGACAGAAUGGAUUGGUCUACAACCCGUAAAAGAGACAAUAUUGAGGAGGUUCAAGGCUUCUUCUAACCCGUCUGACUUCUAGAGGGAUGUGAACACUCUGAAGUGCCUUGCUGAAGGGCAAUAAAAGUAUUUUUUGAUGAAUUUAUAAUCCCAGGCUGUUGAAGCACCUCCUGCUACCGUUGCUACCUCUCGUUCCUCGCCCCCGACUUCCUCCCUCUUUGUUUUUGUUUUUUGUUUUUUUCUCCCUUCUCGGCCUCCAAGAUUCGCCCCUCUCUUGCAACCGCCGUCCUUCCCCCUCGCCCCCGCCCCCAGUCAUCACCCUCUCCUUCCACUUCCUCCGCCCCCUCCUCCCCCCACCACCACCACCAUCACCACCACCAUCCUCACCCUCAGUCCCAUUCUUCCUCCCCCCAUCACCACCAUCACCACCACCAGCUCUCCUCGUCGCCCCCUCGCUUCUCUCCUCCUCCCUUCCCCUCCUUCGCCGUCGCCAUGGCGACAGCUGCCACAGCUUCUUCCUCGUCCCCGUCGUCUUCGUCAUCCCCCAAUGGUAGCGCCCGGGAGCACCUGCUGGCGGUGCGCCGGCGCACCCCGCACACCCGGCCGUACACCAUCGGGCCGGAAAACCUCCGCAGCCUCUCGGCGCAGGCGGCAGUCGGACCUUCCACCUCCGGGUCCGCCUCCUCCUCCUCCUCCUCCUCUUCUCCCCCGCUGCUCCCAUCAGGGAACCAACCGGAAGCGUCAGGGGUGGGGCUUCAGCGGGCCAAUAGCGACACAGACCUGGUGACCUCAGAAAGCCGCUCCUCGCUAACGGCUUCGAUGUACCAGCUGACGCUAGGCCACGGCCACCUGGUGAUCUCCUGGGACAUCAAGGAGGAGGUGGACGCCACCGACUGGAUCGGCCUUUACCACAUCGAUGAGACGUGUGUGGCCAAUGUGUGGGACUCGAAGAACCGCGGCGUGAACGGCACCCAGAGGGGUCAGAUCGUGUGGAGACUGGAGCCGGGGCCCUACUUCAUGGAGCCAGAGACAAAGAUCUGCUUUAAAUACUAUCACGGUGUGAGUGGAGCAUUGAGAGCGACGACGCCCUGCAUCACUGUCAAGAACCCCGGAGUACCGGUGAGCAGUGAAGGCCAGGUGGAGGACCAAUCAGGAGCCGAGCACUGCCGGAAGCUGGUCAGCUUCACCCUGUCAGACAUUCGUGCGAUGGGCCUGAAGAAAGGCAUGUUCUUCAACCCCGACCCCUACCUGAAGAUGUCCAUCCAGCCCGGGAAGAGGAGCGGCCUCCCCAAGUUCACCCACCACGGCCAGGAGAGGCGCUCGUCCAUCAUCGCCAACACCAUCAACCCUGUGUGGCACGGAGAGAAGUACACCUUCGUGGCUCUGAUGACCGACGUGUUGGAGAUCGAGGUGAAGGACAAGUUUGCCAAAAGCCGACCGAUCAUCAAGCGCUUCUUGGGACAGCUGAUCGUCCCCGUGCAGAGACUCCUGGAGGGGCCGACGGCCGAUGAUCAGCCGGUGAGCUACAGCCUGUGUCGCCGUCUCCCCACCGACCACGUGAGCGGUCAGCUGCUGUUCAGAGUGGACAUCACAUCCACGGGACAGGAAGAAGCGUCUCCGGAUGCAGUGGGAACCAUGUUGGGCAGUGCGGUGAACGGAGACCCCGGCAGUCCCUCCGAUGACGAAGACCUUCCUCACCCCUCUUCGUCGUCACGCCUGACUUGCGGCGCCUCCCCGACGGGCUCCGACGAGGGCUCCCUGCUCGUCAAUGGUUCUUGUUACUAUGGCAGCGACAGCGUGUGGCGGGAGCCCGGACAGACCGGCGAGGACGACCUGCUUCCCUCCGCCGCGGGAGGCCACACCCACCGCCAGGUGUCUCUCAACGACUACUUGGACGCCAUCGGGGCUCCUCAGAGCCCCGGGGACCGGCCCCCCGCGGGGCCCCCGCCCAAGCUGCGCUCCAGCUUCCCCACGGACACGCGGCUCAACGCCAUGCUGCACAUCGACUCGGACGAGGACGAGGAGGGUUCGGGGCAGCACCGGGACCAGGAGAGCAAGACGCAGCAGAACGCGGACUCGUCCAGCAGGUCCGCUGAGUCUGGACAGGCUUAUGACGCUUCAGACGGCGAGUCGCGUUCACAGGCAGGAGCCUCAGCUGCAGGGGGAUCCACAGCCGAGGCGGGUCCUCCUGCUGGAGCUGGUUCUGGAGAUGGUUCUGGAUCUGGAUCUGGAUCUGGAUCUGCAUCUGCAUCUGCAUCUGUAGAGGAUGUGGUCCCAGCUCAAGCGGGACCGUCGACCUCUGGGAACGGAGAAGCUUCUGGACCCUCGGUUGAGGCAGCGCAGGUCUCUGGAGAACCGCCGGGGGCCUCAGGGGCUGCAGUAGCUGGACAGGGGGCAGUGGAGUGCACCUGUCGGGGGGGAAACCAGGACGUGGUCUACAACGCCCCACUCGGUCCUCUAUCACCCAUUCAGGAGGUGGACACGAGAAAACAAGUGGCUCCAAAGGCGGAGGAGGAAGGGGCGGAGUCAUCGAGCAGCGAGGCCAACGGGCCAAUCACGGGAGCGACUGCUGCAGCCUGCAGCGGCGGAGCGGUUGGAGGACUUCCUGAAGUCGCAGGUGCUGAAGGCGGAGAGACGCUGGAGGAGACGGAGGAAAAGGAUGGCGAGGUGUGGAGGAGGCGGUCCACGCAGAACCAGGAGGUGGGCGGGGCCAGAGGCGGAGAAGGCGGGACGUCGAUGGGGGAGAGAGAGACUGGUGUGACCCCUCAGGUGAACGGCCACCAGUCGGUGCGCUCGCUGCCGUCGGUUCGUCACGACAUCAGUCGCUACCAGAGAGUGGACGAGCCGCUGCCGCCCAAUUGGGAGGCUCGCAUCGACAGCCACGGCCGCAUCUUUUACGUGGACCACGUGAACAGAACGACGACGUGGCAGCGUCCCACGGCCCCCCCGGCGCCGCAGACCCUCCAGAGGUCCAACUCCAUCCAGCAGAUGGAGCAGCUGAACCGCAGGUAUCAGAGCAUCCGCAGGACGAUAACCAACGACAGCAGAGCAGAGGAGCAGCCGGCCAACGAGCUGCCUCCGGACGAGACCGACAUGCACCCCUCCAUCCCAGAGCUGAGGAGGGACGGCAGCGUGGCUCCGUCCAGUUCCAGGUCCCGCCUCACACUGCUACUGCAGUCCCCCAGCGCCAAGUUCCUCACCAGCCCCGACUUCUUCACUGUGCUGCAUUCCAACCCUAGUGCCUACCGCAUGUUCACCACCAACACGUGUCUGAAGCAUAUGAUCAGUAAGGUUCGUCGGGACGCUCACCACUUCGAGCGCUACCAGCACAACCGGGACCUGGUGGCGUUCCUCAACAUGUUCGCCAACAAGCAGCUGGAGCUGCCCCGGGGCUGGGAGAUGAAGCACGACCACAUGGGCAAGCCUUUCUUUGUAGACCACAACUGCCGUGCCACCACCUUCAUAGACCCCCGGCUGCCCCUGCAGAGCUCCCGCCCCCCGAGCCUGCUGGCCCACCGCCAGCACCUGACCCGCCAGCGCAGCCACAGCGCCGGGGAGGUCAGCCCCCGGCGACUGGUGGGUGAAGACCCCCGGCAUGCCGGACCCCCCGUCCUGCCAAGACCCUCCAGCACCUUCACCUCCUCCGCCAGCAGGGGGCAGUGCCAAGACGUUGUGCCAGUGGCUUACAAUGACAAGAUUGUUGCGUUUCUACGGCAACCAAACAUCUUUGAGAUUUUGCAGGAGAGACAGCCUGAUUUCAGUCGCAAUCACGCACUCAGGGAGAAGGUGCAGCUGAUCCGGGCGGACGGGGUGUCGGGAUUGGCCAGGCUGUCGGGAGACGCCGACCUCGUCAUACUGCUCAGCCUGUUUGAAGACGAAGUCAUGUCCUACGUGCCUCCUCACGCCUUACUGCACCCCAGCUACUGCCAGUCACCCCGGGGGUCUCCGGUCUCCUCCCCGCAGAACUCUCCAGGUACCCAGAGGGCCAACGCUCGGGCUCCGGCGCCCUACAAGAGAGACUUCGAAGCCAAACUACGCAACUUCUACAGGAAGCUGGAAACCAAAGGCUACGGCCAGGGCCCGGGGAAGCUCAAGCUGAUCAUCCGCCGCGACCACCUCCUGGAGGACGCCUUCAACCAGAUCAUGUGCUACUCCCGGAAAGACCUGCAGCGCAGCAAGCUCUACGUCAGCUUCGUCGGGGAGGAGGGGCUGGACUACAGCGGGCCGUCCAGAGAGUUCUUCUUCCUGGUUUCCAGGGAACUCUUCAACCCCUACUACGGGCUGUUCGAGUACUCGGCCAACGACACCUACACUGUCCAGAUCAGCCCCAUGUCUGCCUUUGUAGACAACCAUCACGAAUGGUUCCGGUUCAGUGGUCGAAUCCUGGGCCUGGCUCUGAUCCACCAGUACCUGCUGGACGCUUUCUUCACCAGACCCUUCUACAAAGGCCUGCUGCGCAUCCCCUGCGACCUGAGUGACCUGGAGUACCUGGAUGAGGAGUUCCACCAGUCGCUGCAGUGGAUGAAGGACAACGACAUCGAGGACAUGCUGGACCUCACCUUCACCGUCAACGAGGAGGUCUUCGGACAGAUCACAGAAAGAGAGCUGAAGCCCGGCGGAGCCAACAUCCCCGUCUCCGAGAAGAAUAAGAAGGAGUACAUCGAGCGGAUGGUGAAGUGGAGGAUCGAGAGAGGGGUGGUGCAGCAGACGGAGAGCCUGGUCAGAGGCUUCUACGAGGUGGUGGACGCCCGCUUGGUGUCUGUGUUCGAUGCCCGGGAGCUGGAGCUGGUGAUCGCCGGCACGGCUGAGAUCGACCUGUCCGACUGGAGGAACAACACCGAGUACAGAGGAGGUUACCAUGACAACCACAUCGUGAUCCGCUGGUUCUGGGCCGCAGUGGAGCGGUUCAACAACGAGCAGCGUCUGAGGCUCCUGCAGUUCGUCACGGGGACGUCCAGCAUCCCGUACGAGGGCUUCGCCUCGCUGCGAGGCAGCAACGGGCCCCGCCGGUUCUGCGUGGAGAAGUGGGGGAAGGUCACGUCGCUGCCCAGGGCUCACACCUGCUUCAACCGGCUGGACCUGCCGCCAUACCCGUCCUUCUCCAUGCUCUAUGAGAAGAUGCUGACCGCCGUGGAGGAGACCAGCACCUUCGGCCUGGAGUGAGCCCCGCCGCCAGCCCUCGGCGGCCGGGUGAGACGUCACGGCGGUUUUCUUGCACUUGCACAGAUUUCCCACCCGCUUAGUAACACACCUCCACGUGUGCGAGGUGAGACGACCCGCACUGCCUUCUGAACCGGGAUCAGACCUGCAGAAGUGUUUGAAACGCGUCAGAGACGAAGCAUCCACUGCCUUCACUUUCAAGACUGUCAUCCAGAACUGAGCUGCAGCAGCGCCGCCUUGUGGCCUCUUGUUGUGUCUGCACCCUUCCUUUUCUCGAGGCCUUUUCCGGGCCUGCAUGAGGUAAAUCCGGGACUCGUCCCACUGCUGGUUUUUGGAGUCCCAGUUCAAAGUUUUGGUAUUGUUGUUACAGUAUUUUCAUGGAGAAGAAAAAAGUGAUUUUCUAACGAUGUGACAGUGACAUGUUGUGAUCUGAAUGUGACAAACUUUAUACUGUAGAUUGCGUAGGGAGUGAUUUUUCUACCAGAUUAGGAUCAAUUAAGAAAAAAAAAAA